AUGACCCUAGAGCAAACAUCAGCUGAAGGCACAAGCCUAACAGAAGCUCCUAGAGUGGAUCGGCAUGCUAGCUCAGCGAAAUUUCUAAGCGCCCAAACCGCGCAGUCCGGCUGGCCGAGGAACGAAUGUUCCGCGCUCGGCCAAAGUCAUAUCCGUCCAUCUGAAUUCUCGGCCAAAGUUCGAAACCGACCGGCUGAUCACAUAUCACGACCCGGGAAACAUUGUCCCGCGGUCGGCCAAACUACAACCUCUUCACGCCACGCCGCGCACGAUCAUGCCGCGCGAGCCGGGGAACAAAGCCUCGCGGCCGCGCAACUCACUUCGCGUACCACGGCCGAUGCAUCCGUCCGAGCCAGGAAAGAACGUCCCACGUCCGGCCGAGAAACCAUCGGCCAAAUCUUAGUCCGGCCGAUCGUGAAAUCAUCCGGCCACGACCGUUCCGACUCGGCCCAAGACCCGACUGUCCGGCCGAUCGUCCCGACCGAUUGUCCGAACGCCGCGGUCGACCAGAGGGCCCAGAAAAAGAUCCACUCAAUGGAUUUCAUCAAGACCAGUUCCCUGCGUGCUCCGAUUGACUUAACUUUCCAACGCAAUUGGAACGGCCUAAUUUGGAUGAGUAGAAACGGAGUUAUAACCAAAAGAGUGAAGACUGCUCCAGACGGCUCUAUCGAGAAUCAGCGCCCAAACCGCGCAGACCGGCUGGCCGAGGAACGAACGUUUCACGCUCGGCCAGAAUCUCAUCCGUCCGUCUGA